UCUUCUGAAGGGUCCGAGCGGCUUGACCAACGAUCGGAAUCAAUAAACUGCCUUUCGUUCCAGCUCUUAACCGGUACCCAGUCAUAACCGGCCAACGGUGCCAGGCGCUGAAGCUGCUGGUAUUUUCUGUUCUUCUCAGAGGGUCCUGCUACAGGAAGCAGCGGAUGCCGCAUGUUGCCAACAGGAAGUCCUCUGCGGACUGCUCUCCAUCAGUCCGACGUGUUCACCACAACAGGCUUAUCUCAAGCUUUGUCAAACUGACGAGACACUGCGCUGCGGUUUCCUGAGGGGCUCAACUGAAACACCGUGGUCUCACGUCGGUGGGAGCACAACAGCUGUCGUUUCGACACAAACUGUCACAGAGACGCUUGGCAGUGUGUGUGUGUGUGUGCGUGUGUGUCGGUGCAGCUGUGGUGACUCACAGUGUUUCAGCCGCUGUGUGUUAUUGUGGUGUGAAUUUGUGUGUGAUGACAGUUUGUCAGAGAUCAUCAUGAAGAUCGUACUGCUGCUCGCUCUGCUCACAGUGGGCGACGGCGACAGCAGCAGGCUUGUCGGCCGACCAGGUGAGAACGUCACUCUGCAGUGUAGAUACGACAUUACGAAACACGGAUCGUUGUCGUUUUGCUGGAAUCGAGGAGCUAUACCGAACACAGGCUGCAACAGCCCCAUCAUUGCCACAAAUACAGGGACCAGAGAUUCCAGCAGGUAUCAGCUACAGGGACAACUGGACGAAGGAGACGUUUCUCUGACCAUACUGAACGUCACAGAGACGGACGCUGGGCGCUACGGAUGUAGAGUGGAGAUACCCGGGUGGUUCAAUGACGACAAACAUCACUUCGAUUUGACCAUUGAGGACGCUCCACAGACGACCACGUCAGCGCCGGCAGACGGCACCAACAGAGACACGUCCACCCAGCAGACAGCAGACGGUCAGGCUGCAGGUCAGAUGACCGCCACGGGGAGCGUUUUAACUUCCUCCCCCAUCGUCAGCGUCAAGGCCGAGCAGAAGCGCAGCAGCGGGACGGUGGCUCUGGUGUGUGUUUUGUUCGGGUUGGCAGCUUUGGUCGCAGCGGGCGGAGUCGUCAUCAUCGCAGUGAGGAAGUGGAGGCGACUCAACAAAAUCCCUCGGCAGCAGCGGGUCCACAGUUCGGUCCAGUUCAGUUCGACCUUGUCCACUCUGCAGCUUCAAAGUCGGGGUUCGGCGGUGGAGAACAUUUAUCAGAUAGACGGAGGCGCCGACGGAGACGAGUACGAGAGCUGCCCCUGAACCCUGAAGCUUCGCCCACUGACCCGCCGGGAGACAGGAAGACGACGAGCUCUGGACAAAAAACAUGGACUCGUCGCCUCGAUUCUGGAGGGAUUCGGGGCCCCUGUGGCCCCCGUGUGCACCGUCAGGACGAUGCUUUUAAGGGAAUCACUAAAACAAACAACGAGAGACUGAGCUGAAACAAUUCCACACGGAAAAAAAGCUGAGAGAGAAGUCGAGACAAAGACUCCGUCCAACUUUAGCAGAAGAGCCGAGCACGGGUCCCAGGGAGCAUUGCUGUAAGAAACAUCCAAUCACAGAGCUCCAGUUUCCGUUGCCAUGUGGCUAAUGCUGCAUUCACGACAUACAAUAUGUGAUGGACGGAGAUAGAGAGAUUCCCAUGUUGACAACGUCAAGACAGUUGUCCGAUCAGUCGGUCGUGGAGGGAUAAAAGACGGAGCAUUGACAAUGUAACCCUAACGUUAAAUUAGCGUUGAAGUUUUAAUCACAUCGAAGGACGGUUUUUGGCUGAUGGGAGGCGUCUGUGUUUGUUUUGUUUUCAGGCUCCAAGUCAGAUGUAACAAAAAGUGUCACACUUGUAAUUUUAACUUGUUUGUUAAGAAAAUAAAUCUGUGGUGUCAUGUUGAUCAAGUGUGUGAAUGAAGUUCAUUUCAGUGCUGGAGGGGCUUUUCUUUCUCGUAGAGGCCUUUCCGUUCCACU